GUGUGCGCCAGGAUGCCUGACACCAUGCUGCCUGCCUGCUUCCUCGGCCUGCUGGCCUUCACCUCUGCCUGCUACUUCCAGAAUUGCCCGAGGGGUGGCAAGCGGGCCCUGGUGGACAUGGAGCUGAGAGAGUGCCUCCCCUGCGGCCCCGGGGGCCAAGGCCGCUGCUUCGGACCCAGCAUCUGCUGCGCCGACGCCCUGGGCUGCUUCGUGGGCACUGCCGAGGCGCUGCGCUGCCGCGAGGAGAACUUCCUGCCGUCGCCCUGCCAGUCGGGCCGGAAGCCCUGUGCCGGCGGGGGGCGCUGUGCGGCCGACGGGGUCUGCUGCAACGAUGAGAGCUGCGCGAUGGAGCCCGAGUGCCGCGAGAGCCUCCACCGCCGCGCCCGCGCCGGCGACCGGAGCAACAACGCCACGCAGCUGGACGGCCCCGCGGGGGCGCUGUUGUACCGCCUGGUGCAGCUGGCGGGGGCGCCUGAGCCCGAUCCCGCCUCUCCCGACGGCUAUUGA